AGGAAGCUUCAGCAGCUGAUCUGUUUGUACUAAACUCACUCAUAUACGACCUUUAAUAAUGGAAGCAGCAGAUGUUGGAAAUGUUGCUCCUGUGGAUUUACAGAUUAAAACAAUAAAGAAGGAAGAAGAUGAAGAUGAAGGUUACCUCUAUGGAGGAACAUUCAACUCUGUGGAACACUCUAACCCUGAUGGGGGACACGCUGCUCCAGUGGACCAACAGCCUGAAGAUUUCAUAAAAAAGACUAUAAAAGAAGAAGAUCCUGAAGACGACGACAACAUAACGAACGAUGAUUUCUGCUGCUACUUGUGUCCAUUUUCCUGUUCGGCCCAGAUUUAUCUCUACAAGCACAUGAAGAGUUGUCACAACGGCAAAAACGAGACGCUUAUUAAAUCUGAAGAGGAUGAAGGUAAAAAUCCGAGUGAUCAGAAAACCUCCUCUGAUCCUCUCAGCAUGAGCACUUCUCAUCAACACAAGCAGAAGGAAAUUAACUGCCCAGAUUGUGGAAAGGGCUUUAGGUGGCAGAGUGCGCUCAAAAUCCACCAGCGCAUUCACACCGGAGAAAGACCGUACUGCUGCUCACAGUGUGGAAAGUCCUUUAAAAAACCGGAUCAUCUCAAACUUCACCAGUACAUUCACACUGGAGAGAAACCGUAUUGCUGUACUGAGUGUGGAAAGUGUUUCAAUCAUCACUCUCAUCUCAGAACUCACCAGCGCAUUCACACUGGAGAAAAACCCUACUGCUGUACAGAGUGUGGGAAAGCUUUUAGGCGACAGAGUCAACUAAAAACACACCAGUUCAUUCACACUGGAGAGAGACCGUAUCAGUGCUCGGAGUGUAAGAAAUGUUUCUAUCAACAUUGUCAUCUUAAAAGACACCAGCUCACUCACACCGAGGAGAAACCUUUUUCCUGCUCACUGUGUGGGAAGGGUUUUAUUAGAAAUCAAUAUCUUAAAAUACACCAGCGCAUUCACACUGAAGAAAAAUCUUUUUCCUGCGCACAGUGUGGAAAGAGUUUUAAUCAACAAUAUGAUCUUAAAGUGCACCGGCGCAUUCACACUGUAAAAAAAACAUGUUUGUGCACACAGUGCGGGAGGACUUUUAGUGAUAGGAGUUCUUUUAGAAGACAUCAGCGCAUUCACAACAGAGAGAAACUCCGAGUGCUCAGAGUGCGGGAGGAGGUUUAUUUACCAGAGUCGUCUUUAAAAAAAAGGCACCAGCGCAUUCACACUAGAGAGAAACUGCCUCAGUGAUCACAGUAUGGGAAGAACUGUAAUCAUCAUUAUCUUAAAAUCCAGCAGCACAUUCACACUGGAGAGAAACACAACAGGGCACGAUAUCAGAACCUCUGGAUUGUACCAAAUGAAUAUUGAUCACGUUAGCAUGUGUUAACGACAAAUCCAAACGAAAUGAUGCAGUAAUUACAGCUAAAGAUUUAAAUCAGGUAACUAGUCAGUAAUUCUAGUUUUCCAUACUUGUAUUAACCUCCAGUAC